GGCACACAGACAUCUCCUGCUAUCCGCAAGCUGCCAGUACCUCGACGAUCAACAGCUUUUGCCGCCAUGAAAGUCUCGGCUGCAUUGCUGGCCGUGCAAUGCACAGCAAUGGUCUUCUCGGAUUUCAACCCUUUAGGACCUAAGCUCAAGUCGCAGAACCCACCAAAAUACGCCUUGACGGCGCCGACGACGAGCACGCAGGGCUACGCAGUCCGCGAGAAGAUGCUGUCCAUCUCCGGCGAAGAUUUCUACGUCGAGCGGGAAGGCGGCGGGAGAGCGUUUGAUAUUGUGGGAAGCAACAAGGUGCCGUUCGGCGUCGGGGGCUUCGUGCUCGACAAGAUGGAAUUGAGGGCUGGUGGAAAACUCUGCGGCAGCAUCGAGCGGCGAGCCGUCGCCAUGGCCACGGCGUAUGAUAUCUAUCUCAAAGGAGACUGCAUCGCGAAGAUUGAAAAAGAUAUCGUCUCGCUGACGCCGUCGUACAAAUUCUUCUACGAGGCGGGGAACUGUGCGCAAAUCAACCCCCGAUAAUUCUUUGAACCCACACUGCCACGCCGUCGAGAAGCGCCGCGACGUUUGAUUUAUGCACAGGCGGAAAACAACGGCAACCCCUGCUACCGCGCGACGGGGUCCUUCUCGCAGCGGAAGUACGACAUCUACGCGAGGGACGGGAGCGAAGUAGCGACGAUCGGCCGCCAACUGCUGGAGCUCAUGCCCGAUAAAGCGGACACGUAUCACGUCAAAUGCGCGGCCGGCGUGGAUCCGGCGGCGAUCAUUGCUCUGGCGCUCGUGAUCGACGAGGACCACGACGAGAGCGACGCGGCGCGCGACGCGCGGCGGAAAGAGGGCGGCGACGACGGCGGGGGGAUGUUCGGAUUUUUCAAAGGGCCGCUCGGGUAA